ACACGUGUAUCUGGAAAGCGGAUAAUAAAAAUUUCUUAGGUGAAGCAAUAGUUGUGAAAUAAAUCGCAUCACUUAACGUUUUUAUAAUGCUGGAUACUCGACUGUUUAGUUCUUUCUCAGUGUUAUCAGUCACGGGCUCUACUUAGAGUGAUAACAAAUAUAUCUACAGUAUCUUAUUGUGCAUCUUCACUUUCUGUGUUAAGUAAAAUGAAAAACUUUGCUAUUCUGCUGUUUGUGGUUUGCUGUUGCCUUGUGGCAACGGUCAGCACAUAUGGUGGGUCUUCAGAUGGCAUCAAACUAAGUGAAGUUAAAGUACUUACUCUAUACCAUGGAAAAAUGACCACUGGUAGACGUUCUUCGCCAGUUCCACAAUUAAAAUGUGUGGGAGGAAGUGCUGGAUGCAAAGCAUUCACACCCAAGGUAGUUCAAUGUUACAACAAAGGAUGGGAUGGCAAUGACAUUCAAUGGGAAUGUAAAACUGACAUGGAUAAUGCUUACCGCUUUGGUGACAUCUCAGUCUCAUGUGAAGGCUACUCUUAUGCUGAUGAUCCAUUUAUUUUAAAAGGAUCUUGCGGACUUGAAUACACCUUAGAUUUAACAAAAGAGGGCUAUGGAAACCAACAAGGACAUGAUUAUUACGGCAGUGCUUUCCAUGCAAAUGAUAGAAAGGGCAAUUACAGUGCUGAAGAGCCUAAGACAUCGUUUCUGGGAAAUCUUAUUCCUCUAGCUGCAGUUGGGUUGAUUAUCUAUGCCCUUUACAGGACGUGUAUUGCACCCCCUUCUGAACGAGUCUUUCAAUCUAGUACCACUAGCGAUGAUUUUGGUGGAUACCCAGGAGGUGAUCCAUAUCGCGCAAAUGCCCCUCCUCCUCCUGCGGGAUUUCGAUCAGAAUUUGCACCGGAUACUGGAUCGCCCUUUGAAGCGUCUUGCGGAGGAGGGCAAGCUGGUUUUGGCAGUGCGACUGGUGGCGGUCGUCCGGGCUCUAGUGCUGGAGGAUUUUGGACAGGGGCUGCUGCAGGAGGACUACUUGGUUAUAUGUUUGGAAACCGAGGGAACGCCAGAACAUCUCAUACAUACAGGGCUGAUAGAAAUGACUACUCGGACAACGCAUUUUGGGGCGGAACUUCUAGGAGAGGUAGUGGUUAUUCACCGUCAAGUGGAACGUCAAGUACCGGCACCAGAACAGCAUCAGGAUUUGGGGGAACGACACGCCGCUGAGUUUCAAGUCUUAAUCGUCAUUCUGUAGGAUACUUUGUCCAAACACUUGAUUAUCUUGAUUUUUGAAAUUAACAUAUAGACGCUGAAAUUGCUGUAGCUACCGUAACACUUUCUAUUAAUUUGUUUGUUUAGCAAAAAAGUAGUUAUAAAAUUUGA